CAGCGCACCGUGCUUCCGUGGCCGCGCGGCAGAUCACCGGCGACCGGCGGACGAUCGCGUACGUGUGCGAGUUGUGUUGUUGUUUUUGCGUACGCGUUUCGCGGCAUCGCGUGAGCGUGUGUUGUGUGUGCGGCCGACGCCGCAGCCGCGUCGUUUUGUGUUCGACGUCGUGUGCCAAACCGUUUCUCCGACCGCGUAUCCGGUAACCGCCGUUCGCGACCGGUCGUUGGUCAUCACUUCAUUCGUUGACCGAGUUUUCGUUUUCUCCGCGGUCGCUCGUUUUGAUUUUUUUUUUUUUCGCCCACCGUUUUCCUGUUACGCCCGUCCGUCGCUGUUUUCAUCACGAGAGUGCCUUGAUUCCCCGGUAGUGAUCGUUGUUGCUGCCCAAAGUCCGUAUUCGUAUCGAUUCAAACGCUACACCACGUUUCCACGUGCCGGACAAUGAAAACAUCGGUCUGUUGGUCAUAUGUGGCGUGGGCAGUUGUAAAGAUUACGUAACCUUACCGUGCACAUGACGGUCAAAAUGAUGGCUGGUGAAUAAGAAUACGAAUGGGGUGCACAUGGGUUAUGCGUCUAAUAGUAAAGACGUCUUCAAGUAUCGCCACGAAUCGAUUGAAAAAUACAAUAUCGUUACAUUAGACCAUCGUGUAUACAGUAAAUCAGCUGAUACAGAUGAAUGGAAUGUAAGACGUCCAGUAAAGAACAGCGGAACAGCAGGAAACAGGAUACUGAUCAUCCUUACAGCAAUGUGGGACAACUGUUGCCGGAGAAGCGGAUCCACGUCCGACUUGUCAAGGGAAACGGUGGACGCGUACUCUCCUAUAAAUCGUAGCGAUUCACCACUAGCGCCACAGACUCCUGAAAAUUUCAACUACUACAUGUUUGGAUGUUCAAAAUAUAUUCAAGAUCUACGAUCGAAUCCUAUGCUUAAAAAGAUACUGAUAGUGACGUCGAAAGAUGACUCAGUGUGGCAGUCCGUAACAACAACAGCUAGAAACCUUGAUUGGGCUGUGAACCGUGUAUCUAGUUCAGAAGAAGCAUUAGAGUGCUUUCACAAAGGUAACGAAGUACCAGCAGUAGCGUUCGUAGAUUGCAGACAUCAAAAUGACAAAACCGUGGAUGCUCAUCAAAUAGCAAGGUCCUUACGUUCAAUUAGAAAGAAUGCCCACGUUGUACUUGUCGCUUUAGUACGGAAAAGCUUUGUGGUGAGAAAUGAAAAAGAUGUAACGUCAAUUUUAACCAGUGGAUUUAAUAAGAUUAUAGUGGAAACGUGUAACAAAAACGUAUGGAUCAAAGAAUUACAGCAAUUGGAGAAAGAAGAUAUAUCGGUGCGAUCGAUGUUAAUACAACAAGACGCAGUUUUGGCUGCACUGGACAAGACCAAAGACCUCGUCAUAAUUACCGACCUCAAACACAAUAUUCAAUACAUGAAUAAGAUGGGCUCAAUAGUUUUGGGGUACGCGCCUGAGGACGUAGUCAACCAGCCGCUGGCCGUAUUCCAUCAACUGGGUGACAUCGACCAAAUUACUAAAAAGUUACAGAAAAACAUUGAAUGGGAUGGCAAAGUGUCGUGGAAGUGCAAGAACGGCGAACCCGUGUACCUUCAAUGUCGGGCUUUUCCGUUUCGAUCGUUUGGCAAAGAAACAACAAAUUUCAUAUAUGUACAAGAAACUAUUGCAGAGGGACACGGAUACCCAAGAGGAAGUGUACCAUCCAUUCGUAAGGGAUCGUAUGACCUCAAAUCUAUUAACAGCGAUGGCGCACAGUCGGCUCGGAGACAGAGUCUGGCGAAACUGCACAACUUGCCACUCGAAGCGCCGAUCACGAAAGUCAUAUCGUUGAUAUGUACCGCUCAAGAAAACUCAAACGAUCAAGUCGUACAAAUUUUGGAUAAAGUUGUCGAUAUUUUGCGUGUCACUGAGCUAUACUCGUCACAUUUGAAAACCGAAAAUAUAAAGUUCGACGACCCGGUUACAUCGGAUUUAAUAGGCGCUCUUAUUACGCAAGGACCCAUGCACGUGACAUCUACCCGAAGGAGCUCCAACGAUUCGGCCACGGUCAAAAAUCAACCCUAUGGUAUGGGUAUCGCUAAAAUGAAUUUUAUGACCAGUGUUACUCCUCAGAUCAAAGAACUGUUGGACAUGUCAUUAUACUGGGAUUUCAAUGUAUUUAAACUCGAAGAACUCAGCAUGAAAAGACCUUUGGUGCAUCUGGGAAUGAAUCUGCUGAUGCACUUUGAAGUACACAAGACUCUUGGUUGUGACGAACGAACAUUACAUGCGUGGUUGACCGUGAUCGAAAGUCAUUAUCACGCUAAAAACACUUAUCACAACUCCACGCAUGCGGCAGAUGUGUUACAAGCAACGGCCAUGUUUUUGGAAAAAGAUCGCAUCAAGCGGCUUCUGGAUCAGUUGGACGAGGCUUGUUGUCUAAUCGCAGCUAUUACGCACGACAUCGAUCAUCCAGGCAAAUCGAGCGCGUUCCUAUGCAAUUCCCAAAACGAUUUGGCUAUCCUAUAUAACGACAUAAGCGUUUUGGAAUCGCAUCAUGCCGCUCUAACGUUCAAGCUCACUACCAGAGACGAGCGGUUGAACAUUUUUAAAGGUCUGGAAAAAGACACGUACAAAGUGGUAAGACAGAAUAUUAUCGAUAUGAUAUUGGCCACCGAGAUGACAAAACAUUUCGAACAUUUGGCCAAAUUCGUGAGCGUCUGCAACAAACCUUCGAGUCUCGAUGAAGCACCAGUCGACGGAUUAACUCCCAGUGAUGUGAGCCCCGAAACUAUAGCGCCUACCAGUGCUGAGGAAGUGAAUCUAGUGAAGAGAAUGUUGAUUAAGUGUGCGGACGUGUCCAACCCAACGCGACCGCUGAAGAUGUGCGUGGAAUGGGCCAAACGCAUUGCAGAGGAAUACUUUAAUCAGACCGACGAGGAGAAAAUCAACCAUUUACCAGUAGUGAUGCCAAUGUUUGAUCGGGUCACGUGUUCCAUACCAAAGUCGCAAAUUGGUUUCAUGGAUUACAUUAUUAACGACAUGUUUGAGACUUGGGACUCGUUUAUUGAUAUGCCGGAAAUGUUGUACUACAUGAGGAGCAACUAUCAGUACUGGAAAGAUCUCGAAGAAAAAGGUACGAUUAGUAUCAACGAAAUCUGCAAAACGAUGACCACGACGUUACCGAAGAUACCGGAAUCCAGUGGCAACCACUGAGCGAAUCGGUCGAUUGAUGUUCUGCAGUGGAUGUAAUAUUACACUUUCUAGUCUGCAGAUACGUAUUGACGAUUUACGUUUUUUUCAUUCUCGUCCAUCGUGUGUGCAAAACGCAUAUGUCGGACGAUAAUAUCCCAUAUAUGUAACUGCUCGGACAUAAUAUUAUAUACUAUUUACCUGUAUUUGUUUGUGAAAAAUAUUUUUAUAGGUAAUAUAUAUAAAAAAAAAAAACAAAAACUUAAUAAACAACAGAUAUAAAGUGUUUGUGCCGCAUACGAUAUAUUUUAUAACGUAAAAUUAUAUUAUAUUUCUAUUUCACUUCUAUUCGACCUGAGUGUGUAUUGCCUUCAAAUCCAACAGGUUAGUUUUGUUAUUAAUAUUAUUUUAUCUACGUUGAUAAAUCAUAAUAUUAUUAUUAUAAUGUGUUUUUCUGUGUGUUCAUUUUGAAAUAUCUUCGAUUCGUCCGGAAUCAAACUCGAAAAACUAUUUGAUGUUAUUAAAUAUUAUUAUAGCUUAGCGUUUCUAACUAUUUUUAAUUUAUAGGUUUAUCGCCAACACUUAA